CACCAAAGCUGCCCGAUAAUGUGUCGUAUCGUGUCCUUGCUUGUUUGAGUGUUUAUACGCGUGAAACAGCACCGCGGGUUACAAAAUGACAGAAGGUGGCGCAACUAGAAUGAAGCGCAAUGGCGCUCGUCUAUUCAAAAACCCUCCUCAACCUCAUAUGUGUAUACAAGACUUCAUACAGGGCACUGCUGUCCCAUGCUAUGUAAACGUUUUAUCUUGGGAAAAAAUUACAAUGCCACUGAAGCCUUCUCAGCCUGUACCAUUUUAUGGGGGAAUGAGGGUUCGACCACCACGUACAAAAGCAGAAGCUGUAGUAUUUGCAGUAAUGGCUAAUCCAGAAAUUCUUCGAAUUAAUGGGAAAAACGCGCAAGAUCCAAAGAAGCGUUCCAGCUUAAUAGAACUUUUACUAGACUUUGUGGAAAGGAUGAACGCAGGAGUAGUUUUCACGCGACAGUAUACGAUACUGAAAGAUCGAGAUAUUACUGGCGAAUUGAAAGAGGUUUGGAAUGCAGUACAAGCGAGGCGAGAUUUGGAGCAACCUCCGCCGCAGAUGGAAACUUGGAUCGACGCGCAGCCUCCUGUUCCUCAAUAUCCUCAGUACCAAGAUCAUCAGCAGCAAGAUUACACAUCUCAACCACCACAAUAUCAUCCGAGUGUAGGAUAUGGUAGGGCGAUAAGUAACGAAGGUAUACAUUACGAAAGCUACGGUCAUCAACCUCAGAAUCCAGUAAUCACACAAAAUGAUCAGAUGUACCAAUCCGGACAAUUAGUGCCGCAACAAUAUCAUGGAAACGUUCCUCGAGUUUCAUCGAUCACCUCUAGAGAACACAGGGAUAGUAUGGUACAGAAUAUCCCGCAACAAAACUGCCCUGCAUAUCCAGCUCCACAAUAUCAAUUUCAACAGUUACCUAGACAAAUGGUACCUCAGUAUGUAAAUUCGAAUGUUCAUCCGAACGCCAGUCUUAAUUAUGGUCCAACCUCAAACGCAAACGUGAAUCCAGCUAUGAAUACAAAUUUAGGUGCACCUUUUCAACCGUUUUUAACUUACCAGCAAGGUAUGGAUAACGCGAUGCACAUCGAUAUGCUCAGAAUGCAACCGCAACAACAACAACUUCAUAUGAAUCAAGUGCAGCCGGUUCCCCGGUAUGAACCAACGACACCGUAUAAUCUUCAAGCACCGAUAAACGUUCUCAGAUUAGGCAGACCGCACAUGGGCGUUGCUCAAAAGAACAACGCGAGCAAAAGACAAGUGAAUUCUCCAACUCAUUCCAAACAAUCCUCUUGUACAAAUUGUCAGAAUAAAGACACAUCCGACAAUAGCACAAAACCUAAGAGUCCUGUUAAAGUCUUGCAACGGGAGUUACCAUUAAAUGAUCGACAAGAUAUGCAUAAUCAUAUACCCAUUGAUAAUAAUAAAUUAAUCUCUGAAAAAGGUCCCAUUGAUGAGACGAAGAACGUGCAAGUGACGGACUUGGAUGAAGAAGUUAAGAAAAAUAACGACUCUGAUGGCGACGCACUUGAGCUGUUUAGAAAACCAAACGAUACUCAUACUUCAGAUUCUACGUUGACGAAUGCAGGACGAGAUGCGACAAGCUCUGUCGAGGACGUGCCUCUUUCCGAAGAGAAACAACAAGAAGUAAAAAACACGGAUAUAACGAAUGGUCAAAAUUCGUCCGAACAAAAACAUCCAAAGUCGAAAGCUAUUGUGAUGAAAGGAAACAAGCACAAAGAUAAUAUGGAAAACAAUAGAAUGAUACGUAUUAGAUUUGUGUCCGAUCAAAAGAAUGACAGUCCGAAACGUUCUCAGACAACGAUGAAUAGCUUUAUCAAGAAUGUCUUCAAGAUUCAUCCUGGCAUGUCUGGCGAAGAGACGUCAGGUAAACGAAAAAGCAACGGACAAGCUAAGAAUAACGCCAAGAUGAACGGUGAGAACGAAGAAACGCAACAGGGGUACACGAUAUUAAAGAAAACCGACUCAACGACUCAGGAAGAGAUAGCGAGCGAGUUAGCUCAACUAUCCAUUCAAGACUGCAAAGACGCGACCGAAGUUAGUCCCGUGCUCUCGUGAUAGCCUAGUUCAUAGCUGGUACAUAAUAGUACCAGCUCGUAGCUGAGGAGCAGUGAUUUCAAUGUAAAUAGAUAGAACAUUAAUCAAUAAAAAGGAAAAGUCAGAAUGAAAACAGACGCUAAAG